AUGAAAAGAAUAAUCAUCUCAUUCUUAAUAUGGUUGUUAGCACUAGAUUCAAUACUUGGAAUUCCUGUACAACAACCACAAAAUUUACUUCAAUAUCCAAAAAUAAAGCCCAAAGCAUUUAUACUAAACAAUAGCAAGCUUAUGAUAUUGGAGAAACAUUCUUUGUACGACAACUUUUCAGUCGUCGUUAUCAGCAUAAAAUAUGUUGGAGUUGUAUAUUGCACAUCAGAUUAUUCAAUAUGUGAAAUACGACUCAAACUGAGCUUAAGAUAUCCAUAUACACGUUUCAUGGAACUUCUGUCAAGUCAAGAGUUUGAUUUAAGCCAAUCCUAUUUUUUGUUUGCCGGAGUCAGUUAUGGAUAUUCAAAUCUUGUAUCUGAAAGAACGACCAUAUUUGCCGAUCACAUUACUCUGGUUAAACUAGAUAACAAAGUUCAUCGAACUCAUCUGACAAAAUUCAAAGACUAUAAAUUUGACAACCCACAAGACUUGUAUUCAAUAAAGAUCUUUAAGUUGAAUGAAAAGUUAAGAGAUAGAGCUUUGGAGUUAGCCAAUAUAAAAAAUCCAAAUAUGACAAAUUCUGCUAGUAACGUUUUAAUAAUUCAAGAUAAGUAUAACUUUAACACAACUUUUAUCAACUAUAUACAGAAUUAUACAAAAGAAAUAACGAAUAAGGAUCCAAAUUAUGGUUCAAUUGCUCAAUAUGAUCGGUAUGAUUCAGAGUAUUUGCCAGCAUUACUCUGGAUGAGUAAAUAUCAAUUCAUUGACUUUGAAAGAGUAUUGAUGAUAAAUUCGAUUAUGGCGGAAUUAGAUCCUUUAAGUGAGGAAGAAUAUCAAGAUAUAGAUGAAAAAAUACAGAAGAACAUAUUAUAUGGAAAUGUGGAUAUAAAAUUGACGGAAAUAUCGAAUGCAUGUUUUCCAGUUAUAAACGAUAUAAUCAAUAAUUGGGAUUUGAUUUACAGAGACGGUAAACAGUUCAAAGAAGAUGAUAAUUCAGGAUUAAUGAAUAAUAAUAAUGAUUAA